AAGAGGGCGCCACGGAGCCGUUUUUGUACCUCACACUCACACGCACAGCACGCAUUUUUCGGCUAGACCAGUGAGUGUACAAGUGUUUGAAGACAACCAUGGGGAGGUGGAGGCAGACGUCGGGUUUUCUUUGUUGUUUUGAACUAAAGUAAAUGCAACUAUGACGAGAUUCUCAGCGAACGGUUUAAACCAAUAUCCCCAAUGCACUCGGAAAAAGGAAGGGACCUUCUUCAGGAUGAGUUGCCAAGCUGCCAGAUUCUGAUCCUCGCAUCACUACACAGGUGUCGGGCUUCAAGGGAGAAUGAGCGUCAGAAUCCGCAGUCGCCAUGCCGAUAUGGGAGGCCACUUCAAUGAGGACGCCCCGCGUCCGCCCGUCCCAGGCAUGGAAGGGGACACACUGGCGUCACCGCUGGCCAAUCACGGCCGGCCGCUGUGCCACCACAGUUUCUACCCGACUAAAGGAGGAGGAGGAGGAGGCGUUGGCGGCGGCGGUGGGGACGCUUUCCGGGCUCUCACUGACUGCUCGGUGUCCGUGGCGACGCCGCGUCGCUCAGACCUGGACUUGGGCUACGAGCCCGAAGGCAGCGCGUCGCCGACGCCUCCGUACGUCCGCUGGGCCGAGUCGCUCCACUCGCUGCUCGACGACGAGGACGGCAUUCAGCUGUUCCGCGCCUUCCUGUGCCAGGAGUGCUGCGGCGACCUGCUGGACUUCUGGUUCGCCUGCAGCGGCUUCCGGAAACUUCCGGGCGCCAGUGGCGUAUGCGGAGCGGCGGCGGCGGACGGCGUUCAGCCCGCCGGUACGGACAGCGUCGAAGGCGGCAAACGCCUGAAGCUCGCCAAGGCCAUCUACCGGAAGUACAUCGCCGACGGGAGCGGCGUGGCGGCGCGGCAGAUCAAGCCGGCCACACGGACGUUCAUCCGAGACUGCGUGUCGCGGGGGCAGCUGGACGCGGCACUGUUUGACCAGGCUCAGACUGAGGUGCAGGCGUGGAUGGAGGAGAACACCUACCCGCUCUUCCUCAAGUCCGACGUCUACCUGAAGCACGCCCGCGAGCACGGGAGCUGGGGGACUGGCGGCGAGGACCGUAGCCAGGCGGCAGCCAAUGGGAAGGGGUUUCCCGGGGCGGUCGACGCGGUGACGACAGCGACUGCAGCGCCGACCCCUCUGUUGCCGGGAUACCUGCCCACACUGAUGGAGGACAAGGAGUGGGAGAGGACGGAGAGGGAGGAGUCUGAGGACGACUCCGCCCCCGUGAGCAGAUUGACGCGGGAGCUGCUGAUGGAGACCGCCCCCCAUCGGUCGUCGGGCAGGAAGCCACAGGCCGGGAGAGAGUGCAGACAAAUCCCUUGGAGGGAGCCAGUGAACCCGUACUGGGUGAACACAGGCUACGCCCGGGCACCGGCCACCAGCGCCAACGAUUCGGAGCAGCAGAGCAUGUCCAGUGACGCAGAUACCCUCUCCCUCCCCGACAGCAGCGUUGAUGGCAUCCCUCCAUACCGCUACCGUAAGCACCAUCGCAAAGAGAUGCAGGAAAGUGCCAAAGUAAAUGGCCGUGUGCCUCUACCUCAUAUUCCACGCACGCACCGGCUGCCGAAGGACAUGCACGUGGAGCCGGAGAAGUUCGCCGCCGAGCUCAUCAGCCGCCUGGAGAUGGUGCAGAGAGAGCGGGAGGCCCAGGAGAGACUGGAGGAGAGACUGCGCCGAGUCCGCAUGGAGGAGGAAGGUGACGACGCAGACGUCUCCGUGGCCACCUCCGCCCCCUCCUACGUCGGCGUUGCCGAGGACGACGCCGAGCGCAUCCUGGACGAGCACGUGCAGCGAGUCAUGAAGACGCCCGGCUGUCACUCGCCGCGAUCGCCGCCCCAUCCGCACCCCUACCACGCGCCCAAACACCCCUACCACGUACACCCCCUGGCGCUCACACACGCCCACCCCCACGGGCAUCCGCCUGAGCACGAGGCCAGCUGGAACGGAGACGCACAUCACUACAGCAGCAGCCGGGGUCGUAGCUAUGGCGACGGGGUCGGUGCAGGAGCGGCAGAGUUGAUGGGCUACGGGAGUAAGGGCAGCACCCUGUCCCGCCGCGGCCUCAAGCCGAAGGGGGAAGCGGGGAAGAGCGAGGAGGGGCGUGGCCCAGACGGUCGGGGGGUGGAGCCAGGGGUGCCCGUGCAGGAGCUGGACCACAAGCAGAAGAUCAUGAUGUGGAUGAUGGAGGGGGAGAAGGAGAACGGACGGCACAAGAAGAGCUCUUACAGUGGUUCCGGCAGCUUCAAGGCCCUGGACCUGUGUCGACCCGGCGCCCUCGACCGGAGCGGCGGCGUUAGUGGAGUCGUCGGCGUUGGCGGAGUCGGUGGGGUCUCUGUGCCCCACGGCUGGUCUGGUGGCGGGGUCGUGGGCGCCGUGAGAGGGGUUCAGCCCUCGCACCCCUUCAUCCAGGACCCCACCAUGCCCCCCAACCCCGCACCCAACCCCCUCACCCAGCUGGAGGAGGCGCGGAGGAGGCUGGAGGAGGAGAGGAGGAGGAACGCUGCCCUGCAGGCCAAACAGAGGCACAAGUCUGCCAAGAGGCCCCUGUGUGAGAACGUGACGGUGGCGUACUACUUCUGCGGCGAGCCCAUCCCGUACCGGACGUCCGUCAAGGGCCGGGUGGUCACGCUGGGCCAGUUCAAGGAGCUACUGACCAAGAAAGGCUCUUACAGGUUCUACUUCAAGAAGGUGAGCGACGAGUUCGACUGCGGGGUGGUGUUCGAGGAGGUGCGCGAGGACGACGCCAUCCUGCCCAUCUUCGAGGAGCGCAUCAUCGGCAAGGUGGAGAAGAUCGACUGAGUGGAAGAGGACAGACAGACAGACAGACAGACAGACAGACAGACAGACAGACAGACAGACAGACAGACAGACAGACAGACA